UGGUUGUUUGUACACUUGUUUAAUGUCUCCCACCUAUCAUCAACCCUGGAGCAUAGUUGUGAGAUUUUGCGAGGUUCCAACAAAAAGACUGGUACAUCGCACUGCCCUGCUAUCUUUUUUGUAUUAUGAGAAAACGUGAUUCUUGUCUUCUCGCUACCUACGUUAUUGGUGUCCUGUCUUAAUCUUUUGAAGUAGCUCUUCGGCCACACACACUAACCUGACGCUGGGUGACCCGCAAAUGCCAAGCCAUCCUACCUGCCGCCCUAUGCUCUGUUGGAGCGUAUUGUGGCAAGAAUUUUCUAGGGCAGCUUGUGGGCAUGAUGACGCAACGCCCCUCUUGGCCAGCUUGGAAUGAGCAGUGGUUCCACUCCUGCGCCAAAUGUGCCAUUUUGCACCAGAGGCAUGUUUUAUACGAAGCAUGGAUGUUCCUGUAAUUCUCGACUAACUCUUACUGUUGUGACUGAACUGACGUUUACAUUAUUGGGCAGGAGAUCGAACUAUAGCGGGCGCUUUAUCGAGCAUGUCCACAUAGCCCGGUGUUUACUAACGCAGUAUAACAAUAAAAUUGAACCUUGCCUAGCAUUGUCUCGGCACAAGCGCUUUGCUCUGACCAGUGCUUUAGUUGCAUGAGGAGCGGCCUUUGAAUCGUCAUCUUCAAUUUCUUGGAUCAAGAACAAACACAACAUUUUUUGUCCCCAGAGCUCAAGAGCGCCUGCUAGAGGAGUGACUGUCCGAUCCCCUCCCCAAUAUUAGCAGUGCAACAAAAAAAGAAAGGCUUCUUUUAAAAGUGAAGUCCACCUCUAAGCUUUUAUAAGUCAGAUGGCACAAGCCACCCUCAUUGCUAGGGGCACAGGUAUUGCUUUUCAUUGUUCCUUCAUGUUUAUAAACCUUUCAAUGUGUCUGAAAUGUGUCAUUCUUCUAGCUGUCUCGUUAGGUUGAUGCACUUGAUGGCUUUGUUCUUAAUUAGUGCUGUUGCUCUUCGUGUUUGAUCCCAGGCUUCUCAAGUGGUCCCCUGCCCUCUUUGCCGUCCUGUGAGCCGUCGUACGAACCUGACUUGAGACAGCAGUUUCUAUGGAACCGAUUCAGUCCUCAAGUCACGGAGAUGAAGCUGCACUGUUGGGGAAGACCAGCUGCCCUUUGAAAGUCACUGAGGACAUCUGGUUUGGAUGCUGUUCCUGCACCUACUUCACUAGAGAACAGCAUGGAAUUGUGAGCCACUUGGUUGCCCAUGGUGAUGAACAAUUCAAGGGCCUACCUCCUUUCACAUUUCCUGCCUCAAAGUUCAAAGUGCACAGCAACACUCAAAAGCACAGAAGUGAUAAGCUUUUCAAGUGCAAGCUGUGUCCUCAUGUCUUUAGUCGGAAUUCCUCUCUGAUUGAGCAUAAUCGAACACACAGUGGUGAAAAACCUUUCAAGUGCAAGCUGUGUUCCAAAGCCUUUGCUCACAGGGGCAGUCUGAACAACCACAAGAAAACCCACAGUGGUGAAAAACCUUACAAGUGCGAGUUGUGUUCCAAAGCCUUUGCUUGUAGGAGCGGUCUGAUCUACCACAAGAAAACACACACAGGUGAAAAGCCAUUCAAGUGCAGGCUGUGCCCCCAAGAGUUUGCUCACAAAAGCAGUCUGAUCCACCACAAGCAAACACACACAGGUGUAAAGCCAUUCAAGUGUGAGCUUUGCCCCCAAGAGUUUACACACAUUUCCUCUUUGAAAAACCAUAAUCGAAUACACAGUGGUGAAAAACCUUAUAAGUGCAAUUUGUGCCCCCAAGCCUUUGCUCAAAAUUUCCAGCUGAGAACCCAUAAAGUAAUGCACAGUGGUGAAAAACCUUACAAGUGUGAGUUGUGUUCCAAAGCCUUUGCUUCUAGGGGCAGUCUGAUCUACCACAAGAACACACACACAGGUGAAAUGGUGUUCAAGUGCAAGCUGUGCCCCCAAAAGUUUGCUUCCAAAACCAGUCUGAUCUACCACAAGCAAACACACACAGGUGUUAAGCCAUUCAAGUGUGCGCUUUGCCCAAAAGUGUUUACACAAAGUUCGUCUUUGAAACACCAUAGUCGAAUACACGGUGAAAAACCGCACAAGUGCAAUCUGUGCCCCAAAGCCUAUGCUCAAAAUUACCAGCUGCGAAUCCAUAAUGUAACACACAGUGGUGAAAAACCUUACAAGUGUGAGCUGUGUUACAAAGCCUUUGCUUACAGGGGCGGUCUGAGCUACCACAAGAAAACACACUCAGGUGAAAAGCCGUUCAAGUGCAAGCUGUGCCUCAAAGCCUUUUCCCAGAAUUUCCUUCUGAAAAGACAUAUUCGAAUGCACACAGGUGAAAAACCUUAUGAGUGCAGGCUAUGUUACCAAGCCUUUGCUCAGAAGUCACAUUUGCAAAGUCAUAAUCAAACACACAAUGCUGAAAAGUCUUUGCUUCUCAGGCUUUUGCUUCCCAAGCCUUCUCAAGACUGCUAAAGAUAGCAGUCUGCUAUCACACAUGUGAAACACACAUGCGAAAAGCCA